AUGCCUAUUUUCUCACCAAUCAAUGCCACCUACGGUGUAAGAGUGGAACAAAUCCUCGAGACUGAUCAGGAUUUUGUUAAAUAUCAUGAUAAAUUGAACAGAAAGUUACAGAAACUCAGACACCGCUGUCAGGGUGUUACCAAGGACACCAAGAAGUACAGCGAAAAGGAGAAGUUCUCCAAGAUCACUAGCGAUAAUUAUGAUAAGCAAUCCAAGCUUUAUGGUGUUCUUUACCUUUUGCAAGUCGAGAGAGACUUGAGUCUCGUGGAGACGUUAAAAUUAAGGGGUCGCCAAAGAGGUAAGUUAAAAAGACCAGAGAGGAAAGUUAUCCAAACUAGAUUAAAAAAAGUUGCAAAAUUAGUCGAAGGUCUAGUUGCUUUAACCCAGAACGAACAAAACUAUGUCACUCGUCUUCAAUACUUAAUAUAUUCCAAGCUGGCAAAGGCUGAAUUUAUUUUGAAUGGUAAACUAACAACCAAGAAAAAGGCUGAAAGCGACGUUGCUGGGCUUUUAGCUCUAGCAUUUGCUGGGUUGCAAUACUUAGCUGAACACAAUUAUAUCAGUGAGGAUAUUUCUAGUUUUAUCCAAUCAAAAUAUGAAUACUCUUUAAUGCAAUAUGCAGGAAAUCUUGUUUCAAAUGUGAGAUUACAAAAUUUCAUUAUUGAGUCUUUGAAAUCGAUUGGUGACAAAGAUGAGAUUGUGAAGCUACUAUUGAAUAAUGGCUUCAAGUUAGACAUAAAAGAGGUAGACGAUACAACCACAAAUUCUUUGACCAAUAUCAAUUGGAGAUCCUUCCAAGCUAAAAUAACAGAUCGUGAAGUAUCUCAUCUAAUAGAAUUGGCCGAAUCAGUUGAGAUCUCGAAGUUGUCUGAUUACAGCAGCAAACUACUAUAUUGGGAGGAUGCCUUGUCUAAACAAGAGGCAGUAAUAGCGAAUUAUGAUGAAAAUGAAUCCACCGAAAAUGCAGAUAUUGAUGAUCCACAAGAAAAUAAUCAAAUCUUACUUUCUUACGUCAAAUACAAUAAACUUAUGGUAAACAUCCUACGUGACAAUGAGAUUUGCAAAGAACUAUGGCAGCAAUGGGAUAAAUCUUGUUCAACUCUGUCUGCCAAGGUAGUGAAGUACAAAGAACUAGAACGUAUAACCAGUAAUCUCUCUGUAUUUUUACAUGAAGUCAUGGAAUUGCCAGGUAUCUAUUCGGAUGAUGAACUAAUGUACCAACUCGAACUUCUGGAUUUACACUACAAAACUUUGUUAAGCUCAAAGGCAUUGGCAUAUCUUUACCAAUCUAAGGGCAAAUAUAGAGAAGCUUUGGCAUUGCACGUAAGAUCAUUCCAAGAAUUGAACUCUAAACUCGAACAGGAUAUGCUUUACAGUAACGAUGAAAUUCUUCCUAAUUCACUUUUUGACAAACUUGACAUAGAAAAGAACCAAAGCAAUAUCAAAGCAGCCUGGACGGGUGUUAUUGCUCUAGCAGGUUACCAAAAGUCCCUAGAAACAACAGGGAAGAGUAAAUACAAGCUAUCUGUUAUUGAGAAGAUUAGUAACCAGAAGGAAAUCGAAGCUUCAGAUGUUAAUAUCAGCAACCUGUUCCCAUUAACCCCACAUAUGCAGCCUGUAGGAGCUAAGCCAACUUUAUUUGACUUGGCUUUUAACUAUAUCCAAUAUGAGAAAUUUGAACAAAGGAAUAUUACAGAAAAUAAACCAGCUGAAAAGCAAUCUAGUGAACCUGAAAACCAUAAGGAAGAACAGCCAAAGAAAAGAGGUUUCCUUGGUCUAUUUGGUCGCUAA